AUGUAUUGGAUAUUAGGGUAAAUAAAUGGUACGUAAUAUACGUAACAUUGUUUGGACGCUUUCAACCCUGGAAUUCAUAAAUUAAAUAGCAUUAGCCAAUCAAAAUAAUUAAAUUGAAUUAUUAAUUGAAUAUUAAUAAAAAAAAAAUGAAUAAUGGACGCUAUUCAGAAAACUCCGAAGAUGACUCCAAAAGUCAAUGUUGUUUAAUUGAUGAAAAUGGUAUUAGAUGCAAAAAAAUCUCUGGAAAUGCUGCAUAUUCGAAAAGAAUUCAAAAGACAGUUGCUCAAAAAAAGUUAAGGCUCUCUAUUGAUAGUCAGGCACGGCAUUUGUACAUAUGUGACUCACACAAAGCAAAAAUUCAAUCAGCUAGGACAAAAAAGCGUCGUAAAGAUAGUGAAGAUGAUAGUAACGAAACAGAUACCACAGAUUAUCCAGAUGUUGACUUGUAUUCACUGCAAGUUGCUGCUCUCCGACGCUAUAAGAAAAUGUACAAAAUUCCUACUAGGCCUGGAAUGAACAAAGCCCAAUUAGCGGAUACAAUAAUGAAACAUUUCAAAACAUUGGCAGUAAAGGAGAAAGAAACGUUGACCUAUUUCAUUUACAUGGUUAAAACAAACGCUAAUAAGCUUGAGCAAAAAAAUGGUAUAAGUAACUACGGCGAUGCAAUUUAAAAUGAAGGAACCUCGUUUGAAAUUAUUUAAACAUUUUUUUGCAUAAUAAUUAAUGAUACACUAAAUAAUGUAGAUACAAAAUAAAUAUUUAUAAUAAUUACGAGUUUCAAGAAUUUUU